AUGGAAGGGGAUGAACUGAUUGUGAGGAGGCAGUGGGUCUGUUCAAAAGAAGGAAUGUUAAGGAUUAAGCCGAGGAAGGAAAAAGAUGUGGAUAAGGACAGAACCCCCAAGAAGCAGAACAUCGGCGAGGCGAAGAAAUUGAGGAGGAAUAUGAUACCGCGGGGGAGGAGAUACACUAGAGUGAACUACCCAGCUGCUUUCAACAUACGGUAUUGCAGGGAUAGGCAGCUAUACAAGUUCUUGCGGGCAAACCGAAAGGUUGAAGAGAGAGCUGUUAAGCAGGUGGAAAACCUGCAUCGCGCACAAAUUUACACUAGUGCGGCUUAUGAGCACCUGGUAGAGCAAGCCGGGGGGCACGAAUUUGUUGGGUUCUCGGCAAAAGAUCUGUACAACAUUCUUAAUAGGAAGAGGAGAAAGGAGCAGGUCGAUGGAGAUGCACAUGCUGCUUUGACCUGGAUGAACAUGAGGGGAAUGGAGUCAGGUAAGUUCUGGUGCAAGUACAGCACUGACGAAGAAGGGAGACUAGCCAAUCUAUUUUGGAGGGACGAACAAUCACUUUUGGACCACAGCGCAUAUGGUGAUAUGUUGGUUAUGGACAGCACGUACAAGACAAAUCUGUAUGGUAAGCCGCUUGUUGUAUUUGUUGGCUGCAACAAUCACAUAGCGACUGUUGUUUUCGGGUUCGCCCUUAUACGUGAUGAGAAGGAGGAUACGUACACAUGGGUGUUCAGGAAUUUUCUCGAGUCAAUGAACUAUAAACAGCCUGUAUCAGUCCUAACUGACGGAGAUGAGUCGGUCAGAAAUGUAGUAGUGCUUUUGAUGCUAGGAGCUCGUCACAGGCUAUGUGCGUGGCACAUUGGAAGAAACAUAGGGCAAAAUGUGAAGGAUGAUGCAACUCAAAAACUUAUUGGAAAAAUGAUUUAUUUGUCAAUAAGUGUUGGUGAAUGGGAGGCCGCCUGGCAUUCAAUGGUGGGUAGACAUGGCUUGUCUGACAAUGCAUGGGUGGCUAGCUUGUAUAACAAACGGGAAAGGUGGGCGGAGGCAUUCUUCAGAGGGCAUUUUUUUGGUGGAAUGUGCAGCACCCAGCGUGUGGAAGGCAUGCAUUCAAAACUGAAAAAGCAGAUUGGGAGGUACACCAGGCUGUGUGAAGUAAUGCCAAGAAUGGAGAGGACACUGGGGCGCAUUCGGAACCGCGUUCUCUAUGACAACUUCCUGUCGAAAAACAGCGCACCUGUGUACAAGACGCAAAUGAGGGGCAUUGAGGAAGAUGCAUGCAGGCUGUUCACACAUGACAUAUUUGUCAUGAUUAAGUCUCAGAUCUUGUUUGAGAGGAAGUUUGUGAUGGAACGUGAAGUAGCCUUCAAUAUUUCGGACUCUAUGAUGUUCUACCUUCGGCAAUAUGACAGGUCGGAACGGAAGUGGUGUGUUGAGUUCCGUUCAGACCCGGCUAAUCCGAAGUGGCUCUGUUCUUGCAAACUGUUUGAAUCAGACGGAAUUCCCUGCGGUCACAUUUUCAACAUACUAAAGUAUCAGCUUGUCUCUAGAUAUCCCAAAAGCCUGAUAUCCAGGCGGUGGACCAAGGCUGUGAGUGAAACGACAUUUGCACCAACACUGAAGGGCCGAACUGAUGAUAAGUCGGCAAAGGUUGCAUGGUAUUCUGGCCUCAUAUCAGAAGCCUCGAAAGCAUGCCAAAAUUACGCAUUUUCUGACGAAGGAUUCAAGGUGGGAAUGACUGAAUUUGUGAGGCUCAGUGAAACUUCGAGCGAAUUCCGUGUGGAUUUACCAACGGACACAUCAAAUGUGCCUCCAAUCAGCAACGUUGUGAGGGACCCAACACUAUCCCGUACGAAUGGGAUGCCUUCUAAUCCUUCCACAAACACUGAAAAUGGAACCACUGGGCAACGUGUGUGCCGAUUAUGUUUCAUGCCCGGUCACAACAGGUGCACAUGUCCUGGUCGAGAUGAAAUUGCUCCCGCUCGUGAAGAAGUGCCUUCAACGGGUUCAGUACCUCACCCCACAGAUUCAGUCAAUCAGUCCACACAUUCAGUAGCUGAUCCGGCAUCGUCAGUCCCUUAUCCAGCACGGUGCGUCCCUCAGCCAGACCGUUCCUUCCUGCAGCCUGCACCCCUGCCUAUGCUGAUGGGGAUGGCGUUAGCCAGAUGUGUGAUUUCGCAGAAUUCCCACCCUUCUUUGCUUCCCAGUAGUCAUCCUCACUUGGUGCUCUGCAUCUACCCUUGA